UGGAAUGCUAAAAUAGAUAUUCACACUGUGUUCCCUGUAGCUUGGUGCUUCUAUGUAUAGCUAUCCUAGAUGGGUAACACCUGCUGGCAGACACCACUGGCUUGUGAAGGUACAAUUAGAUGAUUUGAGUUAGCAGUUUGUUUUGCUCUUUGACAGAUCUUUAUUAAGGAAUAUAUGAUGCUGCAUUGAGAACCCAAGUUCUAGUUUUCUUUGCCCUUCAAAUGGAGGUAGGCUAUUAGUAGUAUGGAGCCACCACCGAGUCUGAGGAUGGAGGAGCUGCAGGGCUGCAACCAUGAGGGUGUUGGCAAUAGCCUCCAUGAGCACUCGAUGUGAUGGGUGGAAAGGAGCAUAAACGGGGGAAACCGGUGUUCCUUAAUGAGGGACUGAGGGAGGGGGCGGGUGUCCCUUCCUCCUCUUAGCCAAAAAGCUGUCCCUCGCGGGCGUGUGUAUGCGGCAAUGAUUCGGAUCUGUGGACGAGCUGAACUUUGCCUGUGAGCUGGUUGGACGCUGGCCAGUGCACAGGAAUCGCUGAACCCGAGCGCUUCCGAGACACUGAGAGGUGGGCAGCCAUCCGAGAAGCGCCGCGGUAAACAACAGCAAGUGAGGACAUACGCAGCUUUUUAUGUCUUGGCAUGGAACUUCACCGCUCCCUAUGAAACUCUUCAAAUAAUUCAGCGGGAUAACCAUACAACGAAGUAUUUGACAGCAUUUUGUUGUUGUCGUUGCCUGUGAUAUUUUACACGUAGUCUGACCAACCUCUUCGAAGAUCUUUUCUAACAUGCCCGUCGGUCCUCUUGGAAUCUGUCACUCGCUCAAGUUAAGUGACUAGAACUGUGUGCACCACAUGAGCGGCUAUAUGCACAGCCUGUCUCGGAAAGAACAGCGGAGAAUGGGACUUGUAUAGCACGUUUUUAACUCGAGCGUGGCGGACUGUAAGGAGCUUUCCCUGACGAUGCCAAACGGGGCGCGGGACGUGCAGGUAAACUCCUCUCCGGCGGUUGCAGCUAACGCGGAGGGAGACGAAAUCGAGGUACUGGAAAGCACCGAUGUCCUUCCCGUGGCCCCAGAGGAUCAAUGGAAAUCUCUUUUUGACAAGUAUGACCCAGAGAGCUCAGGCUUCAUCAGCACCGAGCGCUUUCGGGACCUCCUGGCUGCCCACGGCUCAGAGCUGGACCCCAAUAAGCUGGAGGUGCUGCUGGCGCUCGCUGAUGCCAACGGGAAGAUCUGCUACCAAGACUUUGUGAACCUGAUGAGUAACAAGCGCUCCAACAGUUUCCGGCGGGCCAUCCUCCAGGGGAGCCGGCAGCUGAAGGGUGUGAGCCUGAGUGAGGAGGUGGGCCUGGGUCUCUCCCAGAGGCUGGUGCGCCACGUGGCCUAUGAGACUCUCCCCCGCGAGGUCGACCGCAAGUGGUACUUCGACAGCUACACGUGCUGCCCCCCUCCUUGGCUCAUCCUGGCCAUCACCAUCGCAGAGGUGGCAGUCUUCAUUUACUACGGGGUACAGCUGGACCGAUGGGUGCUGCAGGUGUCGUCCCCGGCCUACUUGAGGGGGGCUCUACCGUACCACCCCCGGCUACGGGCACAGGCCUGGCGCUUCAUCACCUACGCCUUCAUGCACACGGGGAUUGAGCACCUCGGGUUGAACAUGGCCAUGCAGCUGCUGGUGGGAGUGCCUCUGGAGAUGGUUCACGGAGCGCUGAGGAUUGGCCUUGUGUACGUGUGCGGCGUUCUCGCAGGUGAGUCGUCGUCGUCGUCCAGCUGUUUGGCCUCGCGGAGUGGUGGUUUGGGGUUUGGUAUGCCGUGUCCUUGGGAUAUGUGGGAGGCUGCUUGUUUAUUCAUUCAUUUUCGUGGAAAUGAAUCAUUUCUUUCUUCCCAAAGUCAGUUUUUAUGCAUUCCAGUGUUUGUGUGUUGA